AGUGCCGUGAGUUUGGCUUGGAUGCAGUGAUUCUGUUUGACGGAUCUCAGAGUAUCAUAACCAGAGACUUUGUCACCAUGAUCGACUUCAUCAAAAACAUUAUUCGGAUGUUCACUGCCCCCCGUGCACAGGUGGGUGUAUGGUUCUUCUCUGUGCCCAUCUUUAUCUGUUCUAUCACGCAUAACUAUUGAUUAUACCACCUUCUUUCUUAUUGACUCUGUUCCAAUAUCCACACUAGCAUGGCCAUUUAUAGUAGAAUGCAUGCUCAAUAUACUAGUUUCAUUCUAAAUAGUAUGCUAGUAUGAACUCUUUGGACAUUGGUCUCAAUUAGGGUUGCAAAAUUCCGGGAACUUUCAAUAAAUUCCCUGGUUUCAAGAAAUCCUGGUUGGAGGGUUCCGGGUUUCCUUCUUAUUCCCUCCUGAUUCCGGGAAUCCUCCAACCGAAAUUUGGGAAAACCAGGGAAUUUAUUGAAAGUUACCAGAAUUUUGCAACCCUAGUCUCAAUGGGAGCCAUAAUUGUAUGUCCACUCCUCCCAGGUGGCAGUGGCUCAGUAUUCCACAGACACCCGUGCUGUCUUCCACUUUGUGGACUUUGUGUCUGACCCUAACCCUGACAACCUGAUGGGAUCCGUGGACCAUUUCCAGGAGGCGACAUACACCCCGUCAGCCAUCCGCUAUGUUCUGUGAGUCAGCGGUUUAUCUAUUUGGUGAAUGCAUAGUGUUAGUGAAAAAAGGACUCAUAUGAACGAUUAAAAAAAACUGUAGUAUCCCAUUAUUUUUGAUUUAACCUUAAUUUAACUAGGCAAGUAAAUUAAGAACACAUUCUUAUUUACAACGACAGCCUACCAAAAGGGAGAGCAGUUGUUGGUAAAGUCAAUCAAUAAUCAAUCCGGUUCAUUACAAGUUGCAACAAGGAGACACUACCAGCACAAAAGUAGAGUAAUGUCUAACUGCCCCCUUUGAGGCAUACCCUUUAUGUUUGUUCUAUAAGUACUCUGAAAGUACCUGUCUCACUCCCCUCCAUCCUCUACACUGUCUCUACACUGUGCUGUACUGUCCCUGUCCUCAGAGAAGAGAUGAUGACAGAAGAACAGGGGAUGAGGAAACGUUCCAGGAAGCUGUUGGUUGUGAUAACAGACGGCAAAUCUAACGACCCCAAAGAGACCUUUAACUCUGUCAUACCAUUGGCCGAGAUGAUGGCCGUCACCAGAUUUGCCAUUGGGGUGAUUUCAUUAAUCUUUUACAUGUGAGCUGCGUACAAAAUGUCACCCUAUUCCCUAUAUAGUGCACUACUUUUGACUAGGGCCCAUACGGUCAAAAGUAGUGCACUGUGUAGCGGAUACGGUGCCAUUUCGGACGAAGCCGUGGUAUUCCUCGGAUCUCUCUGUAUUCUAGGAUUUGGCUCUGGCACUUCUAGUAAGAUGAUAUGGCUGCUAAGUGUCAGACUGGUCUUAAAAUGAAGUGCAAUCUUUCUCUUUUUUGCUCUCUCUCUUUCUCCCUCCCUCCCUCCCCCUCCCAGGUUGGGAAGCAGUUCUCUAGACUAGAGCUUGAGCAGAUUGCGUCUUCCCCGAACUUUGUAUUUGAGACAAACAGUUUUGAUGCUCUGAAAUCCAUUCAGAAGGAGCUUAGGGAGAAGAUCUUUGCAAUUGAAGGUACAACAAGGAUUUGUAUUUAAAAAACACAACCCAUCCGUUAAAAUGAUAACUACAGUAUUUACUAUAUCUUAAUUUACACACUGGAUAAGGAAUGUGUACCUUUUGCAUGUACACCUAAUUUGGAAGUUUGUGUAAUAUGUGAAUUCUAACAGUGGAAAUAGAACAGAAGAUAAUCACAAUUGGAAAAUGCUUUGUGUCUAGGAAACUAGCACAUUGGUUUGUUGAUUUAUUCUCUUUCUCUUGCAUGUUCUCUGUUCAGGAACUAACUCGACCAACUCCAGUUCUUUUGAACAGGAACUGUCCCAGGGAGGCUUUAGUACCACUCUCUCUGGGGUUAGUGACUGCUCUCUGUCUAGAAAGUGUCUGCUAAAGGCAAAUAUUAUUGUUAGUGGUUAUUACAGAAUAUCCGUUCAAUGUUAAUGUCAUGUUGAACCAAUGUAAUGCGUCCCCUUUCAGCAUGGUCUGGACAGUUCUUGCUUAGAAGAGCAUUUAUACUUAUUCCCAUGAAAUAUUUCCAUCACGUUACGUCAUAUUAGAGUUUAAAAGUAAAGUAUGGUUAAGUAAAAUUAAGUAAAGUAACGCCAUCAAGGAAAGUAACACAUGAAGUACUUGUCUCUCUCCUGUGAAGGGUGUCUCUCUGUUUGGGGCAGUAGGGUCGUACUCGUGGUCCGGGGGCAUUGUGGAGGCAGCCAGAGGGAUGAAUGCCACGUUCAUCAAUGCCUCUGCACUGGAGACAGAAAUGCAGGACUCCUAUCUGGGUGAGAAUGAAGGACUAUGGGAAAUAAACUACUCAAGCUUUUACAAAAGACAUCACCAAUUACAGUAUAAUAUCGCCAAUUAUAAAGUC